GUUUAAACAAACAAUUUAGUAGCAUUUAAAUGGAACUUACUUACAGCACUUUGUAGUUUGGCUUUCUUGAAGAAAUUGUACUUUCUUGAUUCUUGUUGUUCUGGGUUUGUAUCCUCAUGGUUGAAUGCACUUAUUGUGAGUCGCUUUGGAUAAAACAUCAGCUAAAUGAAAUGCAUUGUAAUGGAGUAUUUUGUGUAGAGUAGUUUCUGUCAAUAAGUCUGUGUUGUACAAAGAGUUUAGCACCUCCAAUAGUGACCUUCACCAUUUCCAAUUAAAAUUGACAGUUGUAUUUCUGGUUACUAUUUUCUGGUUCUGUUUACGCCCUUGUGUGCAGAUGUGUGCGCACACAGGCAUAUGUUCGUUAGUCUCUCUCUCUCUCUCUCUCACACACACACACAGACAGAAGAAGCAACGCCCCGUUUAUCCAGAAAAAUGAAUAUGAAGUAUUUAUGGAAGGACGUCGAAUUCAUAGUUGUUUGAUACAUCGGUUCAAUGCAUAACAAUUUUUUGCAUUUAUGCAUUUAGUUAAAAGUGUGUCUUUACAUUAUCUAGGACUAGGUUUUGUGGAAUACAUCCACAACUCACACUGCAAGAAGACGUAACAGGUACUCCUCUCCCACAAUGAAGCUACUGAAACAAGGAAUGUUUCUAAUGCUCCUGAAGCUCACCUUUGCACUGGGAUCAAUAUGGAUCCUCUCCCUACUAACUCGUAGUAAACCAGGCUGGAAUCCCAGCUCCGUUCUCGGGAACAGCUGGUUGGAGUAUACAGACUCUGAUGACAGCCCAGAGAAAGUGUGUAACUGCUCAGCUAUCCUGCAGGGAGAGAGGGAGGCACUGGAGCAGGCCAAAUUACUGACCAUCAACAAAGACUUCCACAAGAGUGUUCACAUCCCUGAUGAACAUUACAUGAAGGCAACCAAAGACUGCAGUGCAUUCAAAUUAAGACGAAAAUACUUGACAUCUCCGUUGAGCCAGGAAGAAGAGGACUUCCCCCUGGCAUACUCUAUGGUUGUGCAUCACAAGGUGCAGAACUUUGAGCGCCUGCUGCGAGCCAUCUACGCACCUCAAAAUAUAUAUUGUGUCCAUGUGGACAAAAAGGCAGAAUCCUCUGUCUUUUCUGCCAUCUGGGCAAUUACUGACUGCUUCCCGAACGUCUUCUUGGUCAGUCAGCCUGUUGAUGUGGUCUAUGCGGCCUGGUCACGUGUCCAGGCUGACCUUAACUGUAUGGCAGAUCUCUAUAACAGCAGCACACAAUGGAAAUACGUCAUCAACCUUUGUGGCCAAGAUUUCCCUCUGAAAACCAACUUGGAGAUUGUAAGGACACUGCGUUUACUGAAGGGCGGGAACAGCUUAGAGUCAGAAGAAAUACCUGCAGGAAAUCUGUGGAGAGUGAGAAAUGCAUACAAAGUAAUAGAUGGAACAAACCAGGAUACAGGGAAGGCAAAUGAGCCGCCACCCAUCAACAUCACCAUAAUGUCUGGAAGUGCCUACUUUGUGGUUAGCCGGGGCUUCAUCCGCAGUGUGUUGGAGGACCGCCGAGUGCCAGCACUGAAGGAGUGGCUCAAACACACCUUCAUUCCUGAUGAACUGUUCUGGGCAACCAUUCAGCGAAUGCCCGGAGUUCAUGGCUCAACAUGGCACCACAAGAAAUAUGACAUGUCAGACGUCAAUGCCAUCGCUCGCCUGGUGAAGUGGCAGAUGUACGAGGGGUCGCAGGAUUCACCGAACGCGAGGUACCCAGAGUGUCACGGCAGCCACGUCAGGGGAGUAUGCAUAUAUGGUGCCGGGGAUUUACAGUGGAUGCUCAAGCAGCAUCAUCUCUUUGCAAACAAGUUUGACAUAGACACAGACCCCGUUCCUGUCUACUGUUUGGAGAAAUAUCUAAGAAAAAGGGCACUGUCUGGUCUAUAAUUGAUAUAUUGAAGGUUUUUCAAAGCAAACGAGAAUGGCGUUCAAUUCAAAGCUUUAUCAAUACAUGGAAAGGCCAUCUAGCAUCACGUGAUUUAAUUUCAAGAUUUAUUUUAAAUUUGUUUAUAAUUCUGCAGUGAUGAACACAAAUUAAAAUGUUUCAUUAGUGGCACUAUAUUAUUCAGUCGUAUUACUGCUAUUCGAGCAGUUUAUCAUUGUAGCGAUUAAAAUAAUCAACUCAAAAGCCCAAAAGAAAAAUCCUGUAGUGGCAUCUGUAGCAACUGGACAUUUCCCAGUGGCCUGAUGGUCGCUCCGGCUUUCCUUGACAAGCGAUAAUACAGCAAGCAGGACCACCAAUGUAAUCACGACUCUCUGCGAUGCACAGAGCAGCCAAAGAUAAUAAUAUAAUAAUAAUAAUUGUGAAAAGGGAGCUUUUUUCCCAAUUUUCACAAGGCGCUGUGUCCCUAUACUGAGACAUUUGGUCAUUUGAUAAUUAUUCGCAUUUUGAUUAAUAAUUAGAUUAUGUAGAUAAUCUGGUUUUGAUUUGUGUGUUGAAUUAUUUUACAGCAUGUAUGUGUGACAGUUGAUUUUGUUAUGUCGAUGAUGUUGCUCUGUUUGAUUGUACUUUUUCCAGAUCUGUGAAUGGGGUCAGAUCAGCAGGUCGAUCAGGGAGAGGUGUGUAGGAUCAGGUCUCUAGUUUGUUUCAAUUUUUCUUUCUCUAUAAUUUCCUCUAUGAUUUAGUUAUUAUUUUGCAUUUCCCAGGAUAUAUUUCUGUCUUUCUGUUGUAGAUCCUUUUUGUUAAUAAAAUGCAAAACAUUUUUAUCAA